ACAUUUUACGGGGCCUCUUUUUUUUUUUUUUUUUUAAUGUUUGAGAGCAGUGAAGCAGGAAGUUGCGUUUUACGUAAAUUGCCAUGUGACGUUUUACGUAAAUAAGUUGGCCAAGCUGUUAUUAGCAAGGUAGUUGUCUUCCUUUAGCUUUUCUCACUUGCCUCGGCUAUGCUAAUGACUGGUCAAAAUAGCACAACGGCUCUCUGAGAUAAAAAACAGAACUGAGCUUUUACCUUACUUACGAAGAUAUGCUGUCCGACUUUGUAAUGUAAAACAAAGUACGCCUCGUGUGGACAGCAAACCGACAACUAGCUAACAAGGGGCUAGCGCCACAGAUCACACUACUGCUCAUGCUCACUUUUUAAUCAAUUUCGUUUUCGUUCGCCUUCAUACUUUGUCACCAAGUUCAGACCGCGGUUUCUUCCGGAGAGAAUGAACUGGUUUUUCCCCCAGUCCAAAGGCCCAGGACCUCUCUCUCCUCUGAACAGCCUACAACAACAAAGACAGCGGCAAAUCGAGUCGCUCAAAGCCGCUCACCCCAGCCUUGCAGAGAUCCAGAAGGAUGUGGAAUAUAGAAUACCAUUUACAAUCAACAACUCCACCAUUAGUGUUAACAUUUUGCUGCCUCCUCAGUUCCCUCAGGAGAAGCCGAUGGUUAGUGUCUACCCCCCUGUUGGUCAUCAUUUAGUUGAUAGCAAUAACGGUACCAUGAUCACGAGCCCCCUCAUCACAAAUUUUGGGAUGCACUCAGAUCUGGGCAAAGUCAUCCAGAGUCUACUGGAUGAGUUCUGGAAAAGUCCUCCUGCGUUGAUGUCAACUGGCUCUGCUGGCUUUCCAUACAGUAUGUAUAAGUCAUCGGGCAUAGCUCCUUAUCCCACCCAAGCUUUUCAUUAUGGUCCUCGUCAUGUGGGUCCCAGUCAGACGCCACCCCCUGGUCCUGGCCCAGCUCCAUCACCAGCCCCCAUGCCUCACCCAGGGGUCGAUAUUACUCAUGGGCCCCCCAGAGCACCAGCUCCGUAUGGACUGAUAACUGAACUGCCACUACCUGUACCAACUGGAGAUUCACAGGCUGGACUGAAUGGACAUAUGUACAAGAUGCCUGAGAUUCCCGAGUCUUUUCCUGAACUCUGUGACAUGAAUCUGACUCGGUUGUCGGAGAUGUCUGAAAACGAAGAUGUGUUACUGGAGUUCUUUGUGAGUUUGCCACAACUCAAACAGGUCACCAGUGAUAAAGAAGAGUUGGUCACCAGUAUAGUGGAGAUUGCUAAGAAAAAUCUUCAGAUGGAGCCACAGUUGGAAGGAAAAAGACAAGAGAUGCUCUACAAGUAUGAACAGCUGACUCAGAUGAAGUCGGCCUUUGAGACAAAGAUGCAGAGACAGCAUGAACUCAGUGAGAGUUGCAGUUUAAGUACUCUACAGGCUCGGUUAAAAGUUGCAGCCCACCAGGCUGAGGAGGAGUCAGAGGAGAUGGCUGAAAACUUUCUGGAGGGACACACUGACAUUGAUGAAUUUCUGAACAGCUUCAUGGAGAAGAGAACACUUUGCCACAGCAGAAGGGCCAAAGAGGAGAAGUUGCAACAGUCUAUAAACACACAUGGGCAGUUCCCUACAGGUCACUAGAACAAGAGGUUUGGUAUCUUCUCACUCAACUGCUGCCAACUGGGGAAAAAUAAAAGACUUUACUGGGGCUGAAAGCACACUGAGUUGAUGAUGGGUACUUCAGAGAAAUAGGAAGAUGACGAUGGCAAUGCGGAGCUAAAAUAUGGAAGACCAUCUAAGGUUAAGUCACCACAGGAGGCCAAAACUGGGAGAAUGUGCAACACAUGCCUGGAUGAUCCCAUUAUAUCACAAAGAAUUGAUCACGUGGAUAAUUUUCUUUGCAAUUUGUUUGUCCAGAUUUGAUUUGAUUUGAUAGUGAUGACAAAGAGUUUUGUUUCCUACUGGGAUUUAUGUCACUUUGGUAAAAGAAAACACCUGCACUUGAUCAGACUGUUUGAUGUGAAUACAGUUUGGAGAAAGUACAAAUUACUUAGCACAUUAUUCACAAUCAUACAUUUGUCAGUGCAGUGGAAAAAGAAAUAUUGUGAAAUGCUAAUGUUGGUGACUGUACUGUCCACCUCAGAGCACUGUCCAGUCCUUGCUUUAUGAUGCCUCAGAGGCCUCCCUUUCUACUUCACAGAGAUGCUGUGCACUUAAAUCAUCUUGGAAAGGUUGUUCUUGACUUUCACGUGGAUUAUAUGACUGGGAAUGUCAUAUUAAUAACAUGGUGUGUCCAAAACAUACCUAUUUAACUAAAUAAAUUUAGGAUUUAACAAUGAAGAACUGAAACAAAGGCAGGUCAGUGCUGACAAGAGACCUUUUAUUUGGGGGUCUUUAGAUUGAAAUUGUGCAUUUUAACUGCAAAAGUGGUUCACUCUUUAUGGAGCUAUUGGUUUUUUCACUUUGAGCAAUCCUGAAUGCAAAGUGUGUGUUUGUGUGUGUGUGUGUGUGUAGACGACAAUAAUUUGAGUUGGCCUUUAAAGAAAGUAAUCUUAAUCUUGCAAAAACUGAACUAUCCAUUCAAGAAAUGGUUUUAAAACCAAUGUAAACCAAAUAUCAGAUGAAGUAGCCUACAGCAGCUGUGUGUCUG